AACUCUCUUAAUUGUGCAACUACAGUUUGAUUGCAGAACAAAGGGAAGUGCCCUUUGGUAUGAGCUGAUGCUCAUCACCUCUUCCCAAAACCAUCUUUCAAAUCACAACAGCCACACACCUCGCAAACAAAGGAACACUUUCCUCUUUCAGUCUGCUAUUAUUUUUUGUAGGUCUGAUCUUUACGUGCUGGGUAUGUUGAUAAAGGUGUUGGUUUCUUUGUAGCUAUUAUGUGCACUGGGAAGCGUGCCCUGAAGGCUGCCUGAGGGAACGUUGUGCUUUGUGGUUGGGCCCAAUGGUUGGAGCUUGAGGGGGGAUCUCCAGUGUCAGCCAAUGAGAAAUGAAACAUUUCUCUCUCUUCUUGCAGGAAGAGCUCAGAAAGCUCCAGAACACCCUGGAACAGGCCAAUGAUGGCAAAUACUCGCUUCAAAGCCAUCAGCUUGCCAUGGAUGAGGAAAAUAAUAUUGAAAAAUAUCGUAUCAACUUACAGCCCUUGGAAACCAAAGUGAAAAUCAUCCAGCGCGCAUGGCGGCAGUACCUGCAGCGCCAGGACCUGCGCCCCGAGCAGCUGGGCAAGCGCAGCCCCUCCCCGCCCUCCCUGUCCUCUGACAAGAUGAGCAGCUCCAUCAGCAUGAACACCUUUUCGGACAGCAGCACGCCAGUGAGUACAGCCUUGGGCACGGUGAUCUGUUGGCUCCUUUUUGAUGGUUCCCAUCGAGGGCUCUGCGGGGAAAUGAAAGUCAUUGCAGCGUCUCAAACGGACACGUAAAGGGACAGUUGGGCAUCGUGAGCAGGUGUGCAAGUGAGACAUAGAUCUGUCAUAGAAAUAGUCAUCAUAGAAAUACUGUGUACUGCACACAGCAGUGGUACUCUGAGUGGGAAAAAAGAUGUUUCCAAAGUGUUUUGGAAGCAAAGAUCUUCACUUGGGUACGUGUUUGGUAUUUUGUGUUGGUGUUCUCCAAAAAGAAAAAGGAGA